AUGCUUCCUUCGCACGUGGGUCGCUUCGCCGCGACGUGCGUGGCGCGCGCGCCGCCGCUGCGCCUCGCCAUUGUCGGCGCAGGCCCGAGCGGCUUUUAUGCAGCGGCACGCGUCCUGCAGAAGUUUGACGGAGGGCACGGCACCGGCGCCGGUGGCGUCGAGGUGCACAUGUAUGAGCGACUGCCGACACCGUUUGGCCUCGUGCGCUACGGCGUCGCGCCCGACCACCCCGAGGUCCGCAAUGUGGAGCACAAGUUUGACCAAGUCGCGCGUGAUCCGCGCUUUACGUUCCUGGGCAACGUGCGUGUGACAGCCGACGAUGCGCCGCGGAGCCCGCCCACCGAGCACGUAUCGCUGCGUGAGCUCGCGCCGUACUACACGCAUAUCCUUUUCUCCUACGGCGCGAGCGAUGCGCGCGCGCUGCACGUGCCCGGGAGCAGUGGCGAGCUGGACCGCGUGUACAGUGCGCUCGACUUUGUGCAGUGGUACAAUGGCCACCCCGACGCCCACGCUGCAGGCGCGCGUCUGAACGCAGUCGACGGCAGACGCAUUCACGACGUCGCUGUCGUAGGUGCAGGCAACGUGGCGCUCGACGUCGCGCGCAUCCUGCUGCGCCAGUGCCGCGCCGCGCCGCCGGCGCAGCGGCUCGCAGAUACGGAUGUGCCGCAGACAGUGCUGGAGCGCCUGCGCACGUGGGAUGUGAGGCAUGUCGGCCUGUUCGUUCGUCGUGGUGCGGCAGAGCUGGCAUUUACGAACAAGGAGCUGCGCGAGAUGCUCGCGCUGCCCCAUGUCGCGCUCCAGCCGCUGGAUCCGGCGGUGCUGGAUACGGCUUUAGCGCACGUCGCACAGAGCACCGACGCAGGUACCAAGCGUGCGAAGACGCGCCUCCUGCAGCAGCUGAAGAAAGGCAGCCGGUGUGCCUACUCGCCAUCGCAUGUGCCAACAUGGGGCGUGCAUCUUCACCGCGCGCCACGCGCCUUUACGGGCGACGGCGGCGUGGCGCAGGCGCACUGGGACGUGACAGAGGUGGUGGAUGGGCGCGCGCAGACCACCGGCGCUACGGAGACGACACAGACUGACCUUGUUGUCGCAAGCGUCGGCUACCGAUCGCGCCCGCUGGAUGGCUCGCCUGGCGCGCUGCCAUUUGACACGCAGCGCCACAGGGUCCCGAACGAGCAGCACCGCGUCGUGGCGGCGCAGUCGGUGGUGCCGGGUAUGUAUGUAUCUGGCUGGCUCGCGACAGGGCCCGUCGGCGUGAUUGCCUCGACGAUGAUGGACGCGUUCGCCGCAGCCGAUACGAUUCUGGCCGACUGGGCCGUGGGACGCCGCACGCUGUGUGCAUCCGCAGGACAGGCCGAGCCGCUGGGCGGCGAGCCCGAGGCGCUGGCCGGGCGGCGCGUUGUGCGGUACGACGACUGGCGCCAGAUCGAUGCCGCGGAGCGCGCGCGUGGCGCGCAGCUAGGCAAGUGCCGCGAAAAGUUCCUGUCAGUCGAGGCGAUGCUCGACGUGGUAUCCUAG